GCUUACACCUGCUCACCCUUCACAUCUUAACUUUGAGCUCAUCCGUGUAUGCAGCUGCACUUUAAGUAGAAUCUUUUAAACUAUUUAAACUGAGCACAGACACGCAUAGCUCUUCCUCUCAGGUCGAUUUUCUAACUUCUGACGUACAAAACGACGAUGGCGCCUGGAGUCCUGCAGAACGCUGGAUUCAUUUUGGGCUUGAUCGGUGCAGCGGCCCUCAUCGCUGCCACAGCCAUGAACAAAUGGAGCGUGACGGACAGACAGGGGAGCGUGGUGACUUCUGUUUACACCUACAAGGGUCUGUGGCAGGACUGUGAGACGACAUCGGCCGGAAUGACAGAGUGUCGCCCCAUGUACGGCCUCCUGGGCUUCUCAGGAGCCUUCCAGGCAGUGCGAGCCCUGAUGGUCGUGGGCACGGUGCUCAGUGUUCUCGGAGCGUUGAUAUCCGUGUUCUCUCUGACCUGCCUCACCAUGACCAGCAUGGACGACACCACCAAGGCCAAGCUGAGCCUCACCGCCGGCGUCAUGUUCAUCAUCGCCGGUCUUUGUGGAAUUUCAGGAGCUUCUGUUUACGCCAAUCAGAUCGUGGUCAGUUUCAGGAUGUCCACCUACCCGAACUACGGGGGAGGAUACGGGGGAGGAAUGGUGCAGGGGGGGAUGGGUGGAGGAAUAGGCGGCGGACUGGGAUUAACGCCCACAUACACGUUCGGUCCAGCUCUGUUUGUCGCCUGGAUUGGAAGCGGCAUCCUGCUCAUCGGUGGCGUCCUGAAGUCUGUGGCUUUCAAAGAAAUUAUGAAGGAUGAAAAACCACGUUACCCGGGGGUCGUUUACAAACCUCAGUCGCACAACAAGACGGAGGUGGUGGAUCACCAUUCAGAGGGAGGCCACGGAGACCAGAAAUAUGUGUAACUUCAGCCACAGUUGUGUGUGUUUUAGCUUUUCACACCCAGCACGCUUUGUCAUGCUUUUUUUUCAGUUGUCUCAUAUAGAUAUUCAGUUAUUAUGUGACAAAAGAUACCAGUGAUGUGUCUCAUCCUUCCAUCGCUACAACAGCAGAUGGAUUAAGGAGGGAACUGUGGCUAAAUAUUUAGUUUUCACAUCUCAGUGGUUACUAGAUAUUUAGAAAUGCUCAAGUGCUGUUUGUAACUGAAGAUUUUUCUUAUUUGAGUUAAAUCACAUUUUUUGUUUGAAAAUAAAGCAGCAAUUUCUGAAA